GACAACGGUCGUGUUUUUGGCAUGCAUUAGCGUGUCCCUCGCCUUGACUCUGCCACAGAACAAAACAGCUAGUUCUCAUGAGGAAUCGGGUAUGCAGCCACAGAACAAAACAGCUAGUUCUCAUGAGGAAUCGGUUCCAGGGGGUCAUGUAAUUAAAGGUUGUCUUGUUCCUGGCUAUGAUGAGCUGGUCCCAAUUGGAACAUUUGUGCCGAGUAAAACCGCCUGUGCAGAGAUACGCUGUGAAACGAAUGGCUCCACGUCGGCGGCUCUAUGCCCGCGGGUUUCAGUGAAGUCACCGCCCUGCUCCGUAGAGAUAUACCAAUCCCUACCUUACCCAGAGUGCUGCCCUCGGGCAAAUUGUCCCACCGAUCACAAGACAUUAUCGCAAUAAGUACCUAACUACCUAAAUAAUAUUUCCCUGGUACCUUAACACUUUCACAGACUAUGGAGAUUUAAUGUCAAUGAAAUGUGACUGUAAUUGUCAUCUUACAUAGUCAACACAGAUAAUGUGCAUGUGUGGAGGUGCCAGGUUAAGAUAAUUAAAAAAGAUAAAUAGAUAAUGAAUAAAUAAAUCGUUUAUUUGUCACACAAAAAGGCAUUACAGUUUUUUGAAGUUAAAGAAAUUAAAAAAAAAUCAAGAUAAUAAAGUAUAGUAAAGACAUUUUGACACCUGUCAAUGUCACCUUUUAUAUUUGUUAAUUAGCCUAAAAUGAAUACGUUUAUUGUAAGUUGGCAUAAUUAUUUAAAUUUUAAUGUUAUUACUCGUUAUUAAUGUCACUAAAAGAUAUUGAAACAUCUCAUUGACAUAGACAGUGACACUGACAGGUGUCAAAAACGCAAUCUCAGAGCGUUCGGAUGUCGUAAAAUAGUAGUACACUUAUAU